AUGACGUUCAGCAAUAAGAAGUUUGUUUUGAAUUAUGUUUUAGCCUCCGCCGUCGCAUUUUCCUGCAAUUAUGUUUUCACUUAUCUCAAUCGCCAACCCAAACCUUUCUGCGAUAGCAAUUUCGAUUUCGACGACUCCCUCUCUGACUUCUGUGAGCCUUGUCCACUUAAUGGAGUAUGUCAAGAAGGCAAAUUAGAGUGUGCUCAUGGCUACCGGAGGCUUGGGAACUUAUGUGUUGAAGAUUCAAAUAUAAAUGAAGCAGCUAAAAAGCUUUCGAUGUUAGUAGAAAGUCUUCUUUGUGAAGAAUAUGCUCAAUAUUCAUGCACGGGUACUGGCACAAUUUGGGUUCAAGGUAACCAAUUGUGGGAAAAAGUGAAUGAAUCUGAAAUAAUGGAUGAGUAUGGCUUGAACAAGGCUGUUUAUGCUCAUGCCAUGAAAAGAGCCAUGGAGGCACUUCACAAGGUUUUAGAGACAAGACUGAAUGAUCAUGGAAUUGAAGAGUUGAAAUGUCCAGCUUGGCUGGUCCUACAUUAUACACCAGUUUCCUGUCGCAUCCAGCAGUGGAUCCUUGAGCAUGCUUUGUUGUUAGUUCCUGCUUGUGCAUUGGUACUCCACAGUAAGAGCAGCCUUUGCAAGCUUAUAUUAUAACAGUCUAAACCUUGUUGACAAUAUUGGGAUUUACAGCUCAUGGGAUGCGUUUUCACAUUGUUAAAACUCCGUCAGAGGUACUACUUGUCAGUUAAAGCUGAACAGAUCUAUAAUGAGGUUUGUGAAGUACUUGAAGAGAAGGCAGUGAGUGCAAUGAGUAUGACUGGUAAGCAUGAACCUUGGGUGGUGGCAUCACUGUUACGGGAUCAUCUUCUUUCACCCAAGGAAAGAAAGGAUCCAAUGUUAUGGAAAAAGGUUGAACAGCUAGUACAAGAAGAUUCUCGUGUAGAGAGAUACCCCAAGAUGGUCAAGGGUGAAUGUAAGGUGGUCUGGGAAUGAGAAGUUGAGGGUUCUUUAAGCUCUUCGAGCAAGAGGGAGAAAGCCAAGGAAAGCAGGCUAGCAUCAGGUCAACAUGCAGAUGUCUCUACUCAGCAAAGAAAAUGGCCAUGGAAGGUCAAGGAGCUUGUGAAAUGCUGAGCUUUUAACCUACACUCUUGUUCGCGCAUUAUAGAUUGUUGUAUAGUGUCAUGCCCUUAGGUACGUGAUACAUGUCUCAGAAUAGUCUUGUAAAAUCUAAUUAUUUGUCUGGCGUUAAGCACGUUCGUUUGCAACAGAAUACAACAAUUUUGGCUAUAUCAAAAUUCAUAUGGAAGAUUCAUGGUCCUCUAAAUGUAUCUA